AUUUAGAUGAAUUGUGGACAAAGAACGUGGGAUCCAAGUGGGGUGUGUCAUUUGGGUUUUAGUCAACCACUACAGACCAUCUCAUCUGUACCAAACAAACAACAGUGAUGGCAUCCACUCGAGACACUAGGCCACCACCACUCUCCCACCCACCCAAAACCUAACCUACUUUCCUCCUCCGAUUCCGAUCGAUAUAACCCACAAACAAACUCGGAGGAGGAGGAAGAAGAAGAUACGAUUCAUUCUUUCCGGCGGUUCCCUAUUUCUAACGAACGUGAUCACCCGCAGACAGCGGCGUUGGGUUAUGUCGUCCACCACUGACGCAGCAGCGGAAGCCGCCAUCGACGUUCUGGCGGUAGCGCAAGAGAAGCCUUGCCGGAAAUUCCCCGCGCCCUGUUGGACGCAAGAGGAGACCUUGGCCCUGAUCGAGGCCUACAGGGAGAGGUGGUACGCGCUCCGACGCGGAUACCUCCGUACCGCGGACUGGGACUCUGUGGCGGAGGCGGUGUUCAACCGCUGUCCAGAUGCGUCUCCCGCCAAGACUUCCGCUCAGUGCCGGCACAAGAUGGAGAAGCUCCGCCAGCGUUACCGUGCCGAGAAGCAGCGAUCCCUCUCAUACCCUGCCGGGACCUUCUUCUCCAAUUGGUUCUUCUUCGAGAAUAUGGAUGCCAUGGAGAACGGAACGCAGGUUUCAGCUGCUGCUAGAUCCAACCCCGAUCAAGACGAACACCACAUGGUUCAGGGCUUCGGUUUUAAAACCUUGAUCGAUCAGAACUUGGUCAAACUAAAGCUCAACAAUCCUAUGGAGAAUCCAAACCCCAAUAAUUAUGCCUCUCGAGUCCCAAAUGGUUACGGGUCGCAUUUGGAUGUUGCAAGCAGCAAGAAACAGCAAGUUGAAGCUGCUGCUGCUCUUCCUUUAGAAAAGGCAUUCCCCAUCAAAACCCGGUUCAAUGCUAUUCCACUCCCUGUUGGAUUCAAACCAAAGAGGAGCGAUUUCAAUAAUUGUGAGAUGAAGAAUGGUUUUGAUAGAGGAGAAGGGCGGCAUCUGAAUUUGACAGAGUAUGAGGACAGAAUUGAUCCAAGUGAGGAAUAUCUGAUGAGGUUGUUGGAACAAAGAAAUUCAGGCCAUGCAAGUAGGGGAAAUUCAAGUUUUCAGAGAUCAGCAGCGGGCACAGGCGGGGGAGUGAAACGGGAGAGGGAAUCGAGGAGCAGUAGUGAUCAGAUAGCUUUGUCGAUCCGGUUCUUGGCAGAAGGAUUCAUCAAGAUAGAGAACAUGAAAAUGGAGAUGGCAAAGGAGAUGGAGCAGAUGAGGAUGGAAAGAGAGAUGAAGCAGAGUGAGAUGAUACUUGAAUCCCAGAAGCAGAUGCUGGAUGUUUUUGGGAAGGUGUUGCAUGAGAUGAAUAACAACAACAAAAAGGCCAGGACGGCAUCCCCUCCCCCUCCUGGAGAAGAAUCAUAGACGCCUUUAUGAAUCUUAGUAACUAGCCAACUAGUAUUUUUAGUAACAACUUAUUACAGAGGGAGGGAGACUCAGGGAGUAUAUGAAUGAAUUGAGUUAUAGGUGUGCGCAUCAUGAGUUUAGUAGCCAUGACAGCCCCGAGCAUGUAACAUAUAGUAUAAAGAUGGUUGUUUUGUUUGUUUGUGUGGUGAUUCCCAGCAGCAGGCUCAUUCGUUGUUGCUCGAGCUUUCUUUGGAUUUGAUUUCUUUGUGUAUAUAGUGCACGCAUCUUGAAUAUUC